UCUCAAAGCGGAUGCUGCUCACACGCCCGCUCUCCAUGGCCCCGGGCAACACGGCCUCCAGCGCCUCCAGCACCUCCAGUUCCGGCACCCGUUCUCACCACCUGGCGAGUGGGGACCGGUCCGCAGCCCCUUGUCCGCCCUGCAACCCCCAUGGGCUGCCGCCAGCCGCCGCCUCGGCUGCCAUCCAGGACUCGGCGGGGAUAAGCGCAGGACCCAGCUGCCACCAUGUCUGGAGACUAUGAGGAUGACCUCUGCCGACGGGCCCUCAUCUUGGUCUCAGAGCUCUGUGCGAGGGUGCGAGACUCGGACACCAGUGACCGGUGCCAGGAGUUUGACAACCUUCGGAUCCGAGGCUACCCCAGGGGUCCAGAUGCAGACAUCUCGGUGAGCCUGCUGUCCGUCAUCGUGACCUUCUGUGGCAUUGUCCUCCUGGGCGUCUCCCUCUUCGUGUCCUGGAAGCUGUGCUGGGUGCCCUGGCGGGACAAGGGCGGUUCUGCUGUGGGCAGUGGCCCCCUGCGCAAAGACCUUGGCCCUGGGGUGGGGCUGGCAGGCCUGGUGGGUGGCGGUCGACACCACCUAGGGGCUGGCCUGGGUGGCCACCCUCUGCUGGGCCCCCACCACCAUGCGCAUACGACCCACCACCCUCCCUUUGCCGAGCUGCUGGAGCCCGGCAGUCUGGGGGGCUCGGAACCCCCUGAGCCUUCCUACCUGGACAUGGACACGUACCCAGAGGCUGCGGCGGCUGCGGUGGCUGCUGGGGUCAAACCCAGCCAGACAUCCCCGGAGCUGCCUUCAGAGGUUGGAGCGGGCUCUGGGCUGCUCCUGCUGCCCCCCAGUGGCGGGGGCUUGCCCAGCGCCCAGUCGCAUCAGCAGGUCACAAGCCUGGCACCCAGCACCAGGUACCCGGCACUGCCCCGGCCGCUCACCCAGCAGACCCUGACCUUGCAGCCCGACUCCGGCCCUGAGGAGCGGCCUCCUGCGCUGCCCUUGCCCUUGCCAGGCGGGGAGGAGAAGGCCAAGCUCAUCGGGCAGAUCAAGCCGGAACUGUACCAGGGCACGGGGCCGGGUGGCCGGCGGGGCGGAGGGGGCCCGGGCGCCGGGGAGGCCGGCACGGGGGCUCCCUGUGGCCGCAUCAGCUUUGCCCUGCGGUACCUGUACGGCUCGGACCAGCUGGUGGUGCGGAUCCUGCAGGCACUGGACCUCCCGGCCAAGGACUCCAACGGCUUCUCCGACCCCUACGUCAAGAUCUACCUUCUUCCUGACCGCAAGAAGAAGUUUCAGACCAAGGUGCACAGGAAGACUCUGAACCCCGUGUUCAAUGAGACCUUCCAGUUUGCGGUGCCCCUGGCGGAGCUGGCCCAGCGCAAGCUGCACUUCAGCAUCUACGACUUUGACCGCUUCUCGCGGCACGACCUCAUCGGCCAGGUGGUGCUGGACAACCUCCUGGAGCUGGCCGAGCAGCCCCCCGACCGCCCACUCUGGAGGGACAUCGUGGAGGGUGGCUCGGAAAAGGCUGAUCUUGGGGAGCUCAACUUCUCUCUCUGCUACCUCCCCACGGCUGGGCGCCUCACUGUCACCAUCAUCAAAGCCUCUAACCUCAAAGCAAUGGACCUCACUGGCUUCUCGGACCCCUAUGUGAAGGCCUCUCUGAUCAGCGAGGGGCGGCGUCUGAAGAAGCGAAAAACCUCCAUCAAGAAGAACACUCUGAACCCCACGUACAACGAGGCCCUGGUGUUUGACGUGGCCCCUGAGAGCGUGGAGAAUGUGGGGCUCAGCAUCGCGGUGGUGGAUUAUGAUUGCAUCGGGCACAAUGAGGUGAUCGGUGUGUGCCGAGUUGGGCCCGAAGCCGCUGACCCCCGUGGCCGAGAGCACUGGGCUGAGAUGCUGGCCAACCCUCGCAAACCAGUGGAGCACUGGCAUCAGCUGGUGGAGGAGAAGACUUUGACCAGCUUUACAAAAGACAGCAAAGGAUUGUCAGAGAAGCAGAACUCAGAGUGAAGGGUAAGGAAGCAAACCAGGGAGAGAGGUGUGAGGUCUGGCCUAGGCCCGGCAUCAGAAUCCAUCCUUUUCUGUCCGGACCGUGAACUCAUCUCCUCGAAGCCAUAACAUCAGAGCCGUGUGGUGUGGGGCAGCCCUGGGCCGCUGGUCCCUCCAGCCCUGGCAGUGUGGGGUGGGGGCAGGUGGGCCCAACUCCCUGUUUUUGGGGGAGCAACCAGUUUCCACUGUCUUCUUUCCAGAGUCCCUCCUUCCAGGUGAGGGACUGUGCAUGUCUGGGGUACUACUGUCACCCAGAACCGUCUGUCUCUCUCCACCUGUCUGUCUCUUUGCUGUUUGUCAAGACUUGCUGUCCUCUUUCCUUGCCGUGAAUGUCCUCGGCCAGUCCUCCAUGCUCCCCAACACACACACACACACACACACACACACACACACACACACCUACCUGUGUCCGUCCCUUCUGUUAGUGGCCCUGCCCCCACCCACCCCCAAUCUGGCUGACCCCCUUACUGCUGCUGCUAUCAACGCCAGAAUAAACAU